CCUCAGAUCCAAGCUCUCAGCAGUCCUGGCUAAAGCAGUCUCAGGACAGGACAGCAGCAGGGACAGAGGGACACUGACAAGGAGGUCCCCGCCUGUCAAAAUGCCCAUCCUGAAGAGUCUAGGGCUGGCAGACUCUAAGAUGUCCCGGGCGGGGACACUGCCCCUGAGGUCCUCUCGGAACCCCUUUGAGGAAGCUUCAGGGCUGGAAGAAGAGGAGGCUGGGGAACUGGAGGCCCUGCCCAACGGAACAUCAUGUCGCCGCCGUGCCACCCUGGAGAAGCUGGCAGGCCUGGCCCCCUUCCGGCUGGGCAGAACCCCUGGCCGGCGGGCGGGCAGCCCUGGGGACGGGCAGCCUCGCUCUUUCCUGGGCCGUGUGCUGACACCGGGGAUCCGUAGGAGCUCAGCAGACUCUGGCCUCCUGGCCAGGCUUCAGGGGACCCGAGCCCAGGGCGACGAGGAGGCGGCUGGGGAGGCUGCCCGGAGACUGGCCUUCCUGAGACUGGGGCGUGGGCCCAAGCCCCGGCGGGCGUCACUGGCUGAGAGGGUGGUGCCUGCAGGCGAGGCGGCUCCCGAGCCCCCGCCCAAGGUCCCGGAGCCCCCAAAGAUAAAGGAGCCGCUGUCAGUGCUGGAGAUCCUGAGCUUGAUUCAGCAGCGCGAGCUCGCACGGGCCGACGAGCACAUCUUGGAGCUGGAGGCCGAAGAGCUGGCGUCGUCGGGGGGCGGCGCGCCCGGGCCGCCCAAGGCUGAGGGCGCGGGCGGGGGCCGCCGGGCCCGGGACGUGGCUCUGCUGUACGAGGCCCUGCAGCGCGAGCUGUGGGCGCUGGUGCGCGAGACGCUGGCGGGCCCCGGGCCGGGCGCAGGCGCCGGGCCGGGCGCCGUGGCGCAGCUGGGUCAGGUGCUGGUGCAGGAGGAGGCGGCGGACGGGCGCCGGGGACCCGAGGCGGCCCGCAAGCUGCGCGCCCGCUGGGCGGAGGCGGUGGCACGUGCGGCCCGGGAGCGCCUGGAGGCUGCGGCGCCAGGGGCGCCCGGGGGCCUGGCCGGGCAGCUGGAGGCGCUGCGGGGGCGGCUGCUGGAGGAUAUGGGCGUGGUGCGGGGCCGCCUGGCGCCCUCCUACCCCGCCGGCCUGGGCGCCUUUGGCGUCUACCUGCGCGGCUACCACGGCGCGCUGGCCGAGUGGAUCGGGGCCGCCGCCCGCCGGAGGCUGCCGCUGGCCGACCGCUACGCGCUGCUGCACUGGCAUAACCAGGUGUACCCCAGAGAGGUCCUAGGUCUGGUGGACAUGGUCGCCCUGGAAAAUGGGGAGCUGGAGCCCCUUCUGUCCCCUGGCACCGUUCGUGGCUUGGAGGAUGAAUGUGUCACAGACGUUAAGGCUCAGACACGGGCAGCCCUGCUUCGAGUGCUGCAGGAGGACGCGGGGCACUGGGCAGGUGCGGAGGACCGGUCCAGCAGCCUGGCACAGGAUGUGUGUGAGCUGCUGGAAGAGCACACAGAGCGAGCGCCCCGCAUCAGCCAGGAGUUUGGGGAGCGGAUGGCCCACUGCUGCUUGGGGGGGCUGGCAGAAUUCCUGCAGAGCUUCCAGCAGCGCGUGGAACGAUUCCAUGAGAACCCAGGAGUCCGGGAGCUGCUACCCGACACCUAUAUCAGCAGGACCAUCUCCCUGGUCAAUUGUGGGCCCCCCCUGAGGGCUCUGGCGGAGCGCCUGGCCCGGGUGGGACCCCCUGAGAGUGAGCCGGCCCGGGAAGCUGCAGCCAGCGCUCUGGACCGAGUGACCCGACUCUGCCACCGCAUCCUGACCGACCUGCUGUUCCAGGAGCUGCAGCCGCACUUCAGCAAGCUGAUGCGCAGGAAGUGGCUGAGCAGCUCGGAGGCCCUGGAUGGCAUCGUGGGCACGCUGGGCGCUAAGGCCCUGGCACUGCGCAGGAUGCAAGAUGAGCCUUACCAGGAGCUGGUGGCCGAGCUGCACCGGCGGGCGCUGGUCGAGUACGUGCGGCCCCUGUUCCGCGGUCGCCUGCGCUGCGGCUCCGCGCGGACCCGCAGCCGCGUGGCCGGCAGGCUCCGGGAGGACGCGGCGCAGCUGCAGAGGCUGUUCCGACGGCUGGAAUCCCAGGCCUCGUGGCUGGACGCCGUGGUGCCCCGUUUGGCCGAAGUUCUGCAUCUGGAAGACACGCCCAGCAUCCAGAUGGAGGUGGGGAUGCUGGUGCGGGACUACCCAGACAUCAGGCGGAAGCACGUGGCAGCCCUCCUGGACAUCCGUGGCCUGCACCACACAGUCGCCCGCCACGAGAUCCUGGCGGUGGCCCGGGACUUGGAACUCUCUGAGGGGGGAACCUUGUCGCCCCCCCGGGACCGUGCCUUCUUUGCAGACAUCCCCGUGCCCCGGCCGCCUUUCUGCCUCAGCCUCCCUCUCUUCCUGCGCCGCCUCUCCCUCUCCCGGCUGGCCUGCCUGCCCUGGCCUCGGCCUCCAUCUCCAUCUCCAUCACGGCCCCGGGCCCAACACUGAGACUCUCCCGGCUCCACCUCAGUGCCCCCCCAUCUCUGCUGCUGACAGACCGUCCUCCUGACUCCCUGUCUGGGGCCACAGAGCCCUGGGCUGGAAGGAUCACUAGAGGUCUCCUCACCUACCCCCAAACUCCCUGUACAGAAGGGAAAGUGGCCAGAAGGAGCAAGGACUUUCCCGAGGCCAUGAAGCCCGUUCCCAGCACCACCUCCCCAGCCCCGUGAGUGGUGGGUGGUGUUUUGGAAGGCUCUACAGAAAUAUCCCAGGCCCCCCCUUUCCCCUCACCUCAAGGUCUGGCCUCAAUCCAAUGUAUUAAGGAACGUACGAUACUUAGAAUAAAGAGGUUUCUAUUUAACACAA